AUGUAUUUAUGAGCACUAAAGCAGUCCGACUCAAAUUAUUGACUCUCCGGAUAAGCCCCAGACUCCCAUUUCCGAAAUCUAGUCCCUCCUCUUGAGCACCGCUUGAGUGGUCAAACUGUCGAUCGGGUAACAAAAUAUGCCGAAACGCCAAAGGGCACCAACAAGCCCGUUGGAAGUUGCCAACCGCAAGACCGACAAGGAGUUUAUUGCUGACUAUUUACCACCAGACAAUCCCCCCCCUGACACGCAGCCAUGGACAACAACUUGGACACACCCAAAGACAGGAACCGAGUACACCGUCGACUUGGUGCGGAUCGAGAGUCUCUCGGAGCGCGAUUUCAUGGCUUGCUUCCAGUUGAUAGAGCAAACAAGCCGCGUCGACUACGAAAACUCAACCGCCGGGUGGAACGCGAGGAAGAAAAUGAUCGAGAUGAAAUCGCCCGGACUACGCUACAUCCUAGUCAAGGAGAAGGACACAGCAGCUCUGGGGGGGUUUACUUCACUCAUGCCGACCUACGAAGAAGGCCAACCCGUCAUCUACUGCUACGAGAUCCAUCUCCAGCCAUCGCUUCAGGGAACCGGGCUAGGCUCACUGCUGAUGGGCUUCCACACGACUAUUGCCGCCAACCUACCACCCAUCACAAAAGUCAUGCUGACGUGCUUCCUGGCGAACCAGCGCGGGCUGAAUUUCUACACAAGACUGGGCUUUGAGACGGACGACAUCUCACCAGUUCCGAGGACGCUACGCUAUGGCAAGCUGUUCACCCCGGACUACCUGAUUCUGAGCAAGCCGGUUCGCUCGAGGUUUGAGGAGGGGGGCUCGACAGAGCUGCGCUCUGAAACCCCCUGAGGAUGUCCGGCGUGGGGUUAGUGGUUCGUGUCCCCGAUAGGGUGUGACUUUUCAAGAUAUGGUAAGCAGCCGGUGGGAGCCAGAUAUACUAGGUUUUAUGGCAUUUUGGGAAGUUACCGGCCAUGUCAGCGGUGAGGAAAGGCGAUCACAUUGGUCGCAAGCUGAGUCCUGAAUGUUAUAUUGUUGCCCAUUAGCAAUAGCCGUGCUC